GACUUCGUCCGGCGUCUGUCGACAGUUAGUCGCGCGACGUUCAACCUGCGAUGCGCGUCUUCGUUUCGUUCGCCGUCGUAUUUCGCGCCCCGUGACCCUCGUCGAUUCACCCCGUAGAGAUUUCCCAAACGGAAUUUUCCCGGUACCGUCCCUCUCGACCGUUUUCCCAAAUCUGAGGAGGACUGGUGCAACAGGUCUCCACGUACGUGUCCGAGCCCCCGUUAUCCGGCGGUGAUGCACAAUUUCGUUUCGAAGCGCGCAGCGCGAUGCACCGUACGAGUUUUGGAUAUUUAUUAAAUCGUUGAGGCGUCUCGGAAGACAGAGGAUUUCGUCGAACACCGGAAUCGAAGAGAAAUCUGUCGUCCGACGAGGCAAGAAUUAUUGUAGGAUAAGAGUCUGGUAUUCGUGGAUCUGAAAAAGUGCGUAAGAGUGCACCUGUUUGGAAAAUCGUGAGCCCUUGAGACAAAGAAAAGUCAGAAGAGUUCCGAGAAGAGAAAAGGUCGUGGAAUUCGAGGGGGGAAAAAAAUUGUGGAGGUUGCCUCGAAGGCCACGGGCUACCUGGCACAGAUAAUCGAAGGAGAAGAAAGUUCGGUCUGGGUGCUGCUGCAUCCGGUUCGGUCCACCUUUCUGUGCUCUCGUCUGCCACGAUUUCGUGUGAUUCAUCGAUCGUCGCGAAUCUCUCCUCCCACCGAACGGAAAUAAGUUCGAUAUUUUGGUGCGAUACGAGAGCGAGAGAGACAGAGAGAGGAGCGCGAAUGCCAGCGGGCGGAUGAUCACGCGCGUUUCUUCGCGUUGGAAAACGGAAGUAAUGAGAGGUGUCGCGGGUGAAGUUCCACGGUGGCGAUUGAAUGGAGCUAUUUCGAAGCGGUCUCUUCUGCCGUCUCUUCUGCCGGACGACGCGUCCCUCUCUCACGCAGCACCGUGACAGGUCCGCGUGAGUGGAUCCGGUGGCGCACGGACAGCGGCAGCGACGUGGCUCGAUCGACACGCAGCUAGUCCGAAACAUGUUGCCCAGCUGCAACGGAGGCGGUUCCAGGUGCGCGAGGCGCGCCCUGAUCUUCGUGUUCGCGUGGGGCCUGGUGAUGAUCGCCGCGGUCCAAUUUCGACACGCGAACAUAGAGAACGCGUUGAGGGAGUCACCGACCGCGGAGGAAUCGAGCAGCGACGUCCUCGUCGAGGACACGUACCGUCGACGAGAGAUGACGAACGAUCGGGGAUCGUCGAGUCUCGGCCUAUCCCGCUAUUUGCUCCAGAGAUCAUCGGCGGACAACGGUUUCUCGAAUUCCGGCGGCUCGGGACUCCUGACGACUCUGACCACCAUAUCGAAUUCACCGACGAGGAACCCGUUGGACCUGGAGCCUCUGUUGGACAAGAGCCCCGCCAAGACCGAAGAGGAACUGAUCCAAGAGAUAGAACAGAGGCUCCCCAGCCUGCCUCUGGCGUACUGGAGCAAGAACAGCAAGUACUCCGGUGGUCAGGGUAAAGCCAAGGGUAACGACAGCUGUGCGAACCUCAAGUACCCGUCGAUCUACGACAUAGAGUUCAACAACGUCUACUGGCAGACGAUGAGGACCAGCAACGGCACGUUCCAGUUCUUCGGCGCGUUUUACGACCGCCGCAAGCUGUCCAGGAUAGGACCGGCGAUAAGAAUCGUCGGGAUGAUCGACAGGAUCGAGCCCACCGUGAAGACGCACUGUCAACUGUGGUACGACGGCGAGAGGGAGCCGAAGGUCGUCGAGACCCUGGAGUACAAGUACAUUUGGUAUCCGAAAUGGGGAAACUAUAAACAGGGGAUCUAUCAGCCGUACGUGAUCGCCUGCAAGAUACCUCAGUCUCAUUGGUCCAAGGGAGCACCGGCUUCGGUCUCCAUGGCAGAGAAACCCUGCGACACUCCUACUAACAAUCUCAGAGUCAUCUAUAACAAGCCUGAACGCAAGAAGGAUUUCGCCGUCUGCGUGAAGGGUCUCGACUUCCUUCACGAGGACCUCUCCGUUCGAUUGGUCGAAUGGAUCGAACUGAUCACGCUCCUCGGCGCGGACAAGAUCUUCUUCUAUCAGCUGCAAGUUCAUCCGAACGUGACCAAGAUUCUGGACCAUUACCAAAGGCUCGGGAAAGUUCACGUGACUCCGUUGACUCUCCCGGGCGGACAGCCGAACGUCCCCGCGUUUCAACACAUGUAUCUGACGAAGAAGACCAAUCACAAACGACAGAACGAACUGAUCCCGUACAACGAUUGCUUGUACAAGCACAUGUACGAGUACGAGUACAUCGCUCUGUUGGACGUCGACGAGGUGAUCAUGCCGGUGAGGGAUGCCACGUGGCAGGAUCUGAUGAAGAGGGUCUUGACCAAAGCGUUUAAGAUCAGGAACGAGACCAGAGCCUCGUACAACGUUAGGAACGUGUACUUUUUGGACGACUUGCUGCACUCGCACGGGUACUUCAAGGACAUGCCGAAGUACAUGCAUAUGUUGCAGCAUGUGUAUCGUUCGAAGAACUUCACCAAGCCGAACCAGUAUAUCAAGUGCUUCCACAACCCGGAGAGGGUGGUCACCUUGCACAAUCACUUCCCGCUGGCCUGUCUAGGUGCCGGGUGUACCAGUUACCCCAUAGAGACCGAGGACGCGCAGUUACAACACUAUCGGGCCGACUGCGUUAAAUCGUUGAAGAAGACCUGCGUCGAAUACCGAGAGAACAGCGUAUUGGACACCACUAUAUGGCGGUACAAGGACCAGCUGAUAGAGAGGGUCACCAGGACGUUGGAGACUCUUGGUUUCUUCAAACCGAGCUAGCGUUGAUCGGAUCUCGGGUUCUCUGUUUCGCGCGCCGUCGACGAUGAAACUCAAAAAAUUGUUUCCUUUCGUCGAUUUUUCUUGAGAUUAAUCAAAAUUUCGUUCUCGAAAUUACCACGACGCCUCGACGACGACGAAAAUCGUCGAUCCCGCGGUCGGGCGAAGCGAAGCUUCGUUGCAUUUUCGAUCGUACUUCGAUCUAGCCAUUUUAUCGUCCUACGUUAAACGCGUCGACUGAAUCUGAUUCUGCAUCGAUCCCUCGGGUCUGAUUGUGAGUCUACUGUCGAGGAAGGGUUUUUAACUUUUAUAAUGGAAACGAGAUCGGUAGAUCGAUGCAGGAUGUCGUUUCGUUUGUUUGUCGAUCUUGUGACGGGAAAAGAUGCAUUUAUCGACAGGCGUCUGCACUGUUUUAACCGAGUUGCACGGCCUUAGUAUUAAUUACGAUUAGAAGUCCUCUUACAAAGACUAAGACUCGAUGUACUUCUCCUUUACCCUUUUACUCCCUGAACUUUGAUUCCUCGCGUUGAGUGGAAGUCCCGUAUCAAUAAUAAAGGGUUCCUCGCGAGUUUUGCUGUGUGAUAACGGGGAGAAAGCAUGUCGAUGAGUGAGAAAUCGUGAUUGGAAAGUAGCAUCGAUCUUCGAUUCGCGAUCGAUCUCUGUGCAAUUCUUUUAUUCGAAUCGGCUCGUGUUUCUUUUUAAACUUUUUUUUUAAUCAUUUCGUAUAAUCAAUUUACACUUUUAAAUGACCGACCUGUGAACGGACUCUCGUUUGAAAAAUGUAUACCGUUCUCGAGUCGACGAUCGAUGCCGUAAUUCGAGUUCGACCGUGAACCAACGAUCGUGAUUCCGGUCGAAUAACUUGGAACGCAUCGGGAAAGACUCUUGUUCCACGGAUGUACGCGCACGGUGAAUCGUGAAACAGACGGACGAUUCGAAAGUACGGUCACGUAAAGGCGACACGAAAUAAAUCGUGGGGAAAAGUCGUAGGCCGCACCUUUCCAAAAGUUGCGCGAUCCUCCAGUGAUUUUUUGCGUCACGAUCGAUCCCGUGGAAAACUUGCGUUCCGUUUAUCGAUCAUACGAGCGAAUAUAAUUCGGAAUCUUUUAAAUGAAACCUCGAAGGUUUAACAGACGAUCGUAUCGCCGGGAACCCGACGCCCCAGUUUUACAGGGGAACGAAAGUACAUCCAUGGAACGACCGUGAAAUGCUUUCUUCCCAUAACGCGUUUCCUUCGUAACUCGAAACGGGCUCGCUGUAGGCUUCGUUCUCCUCCUUUUCCUUUCGCAUGGUGAACCUCGAUCGCUUUCUACGCGACACGAUCGCUUCCUUUCUUUCCUCUAUUUUUUUUUUGUGUCGUCGAACGAGAGCGCGAUUGACGUUGCACCAUAAACUAACGCGUACACGAUAUGAUAUUAUUACUAUAAUUAUCAUUUUAUUAUUACUAUAUAAUCGUAUCACAGAUUUUGUCCAUCGAACGUUUACUAAGGAAUGUAUUUAUGCUCACGCGCUAUUGACUACAGCGAUCGAAUCGGCGUCGAUCGGUCGUAAUCGAUUUUUCACAUAGCUACAAUCAGACUGAUGAUCGUAUUCCUCUAUGAACGAGAAUGUACGCUCGGUUUCGCGAUAUUUUUUAAUGAUUGGUAGCGAUUUUUGAUCGACCGCGCUCGACGAACAAUAGGAGAGCGAAAUCGGGCGUCGAAGUGCCUGAAAUCGUUGGACGCGAUUCGGACGCGUCUCUCAGCUCAGUCUCCACGAUCGACCUCUCUCCUUUUUUUAUGUAAAUACACGGAAGAGUCGGUUGGGAUAAUAAUAAAAUAUUACCCGAAGAUGUA